AGCCCUUGUAGCUAUGGAAACUCGUCGAUGGCAACAUCCACCAGUCUGUUCUGCCCCCAUCCUCAUACCUCACAGAGGUGCUGAGUGCGAGCUACUGUAACCCAUAAAUUACAGCUGCAAGAUGGCGAAUGCGCGACUCAUAGCUUGUUUCAUUCUCUACACCAGCCUGGGUAAGUUCUUUCUCCUCUUUAUAUUCUCUGAAAUUAUCACCAGAGUUUCGACUAUCUGCGCUCAACGAAGCACAGCGACCGUUAGUGAAAUAAACAGCUGUAACGGAUCUGUGAGUGCUAACGUUAGAGCAGACGUUAGCUUGACAUAAACAGAUGGAGAACAACCAAGGAGCGUUGUGUAAACGGGGCUGUUUUAACGUUAUUCACGUAUUGUACCCGAUAUUAUUAAUAUUACGUCGCUGCUGUGAGAGGCAAACCUAAAAAAUGACGUAGUUGUCGGAGCAUCUUUCACGUUUUCACAUCUGAAUUUCUGCUAACAUUCACAACACCGUUGAACAGCAGUGUUAACGUUAAGUGUCUGUUUAUUCCUAGAUAUUACCUCGAGGGUUUCUUUUGUCUCCAUCGAGAAAUAAUGAAGACAUUUUCAAAGCAAAUAGAUGUUUUAGUUUGGGUGACAGAAAACGGCAACCUCAUGUAAGAGGGGGAUCAGUCGUGUGUUAGCCCUGAGAUGAAGGAAAGCAGGAAUCACAGGCCAGCUCCAGCAUCUCAAAUAACAUGCAUGUGCUGUUUGCUUUGUGCAUGCAGCAUCAAAACUGCAGCAUGCGUUAGAAAUGUAAUGUGAGUUCAUGAUAGUAAGCUGAGAUCCAGUUUGAGUCCUAUCCAAGUGUUGAAUCGGAGUGUGUAGCUGACCUUUUAGUAAUCACAUGCUGAUGAAUGGUGGUGGAGGAGGAGGAGGAGUGUUAUUACUGUGGCAGGUCGAGGGCAUGUGCUGAAAAUUAAUAGUGGUGGAAAAGACAUGCUUCAUCUUCAUCCGCUGACCAACAACAGCUGGAGCUUCUGUGCGAAUCAAUGCAGGAUGAUGCCGGAUGAUCUAGUUGUUGCAUCCACCCUACUGUGCGCUCGGUGUGAGGUCACCCUGCUGCUGGGUGAAAACUGGCAGUGAAGUGGGUGAUUUCCAAAUGGCUUUUUUUUUGCAUCAGUGAGUGAUGUACUUUUCAACCAUGUCCUCCGUCAGGCGAAGCUUCAUUUGUGAUGUUCGCGACAGUGUUAUUUGGCUGUGAAGCGAAGGUUUGAAUAACUACCAAAAAGAAGCGAGAGAAAUGAUCUUACCCAAAAUUUUAGACCAAUAAUGACAUAACCUUAAAUUCUGCCCCCAAACCUGAGACUGGCCGAGUUAUGAAUAUGAAUCAGCCAUUAAGUUCAUGCUCUGUAUCACUUGCUGCAUAAAUUUGAAUUAUUUAGCUUUAAUUAAGUGGGAUUCUUCAGGUUCUGACUUCAGUGUGAGAUCAUAAUAUUCCUUUGUCAUCCAGUUUCUUCAGGUUUUCCUUUGACAGUAUAGGAAAAAUCAUGACUAACAGUCUACAGUACUCGACUGUUUCAUCUUUUUCAAAACAGGAUUACUGUGUGUGUUCAUUAGGACUCAGCGAUAUAUGUAUAUAAUAAAUAUAUCAAUAUAUUUUUAAAUGAGAUGUGAAAUUGGACCAUAUCACAUAUAUCGAUAUACAGAUAUCAGAUGUUCCAAGAGCCAGUUUCCAUGACCGAGGAUUUCCAAAACCUUUAUGGACAGAAUUUCAAGGCGCAGCCGGGGGUAGGAGGGUGUCCAGUUCGGCAGGCAGGGGAUCGCGUCGCUGCUUUUUGCGGAUGAUGUGGUACUUCUAGCUUUGUCGAGCAUUGACUUUCAGCUCUUGUUGGGGCGGUUCGCGGCCGAGUGUGAAGCGGCAGGGAUGCGAAUCAGCACCUACAAGUCUGAGGCCAUGGUCCUCAGUUGGAAAAAGGUAGAUUGCCUUCUCCAGGUCGGAGGGGCAGUCCUGCCUCAAGUGGAGGAGUUCAAGUAUCUCGGGAUCUUGUUCAGGAGUGAGGGUAGGAUGGAACGAGAGAUCGACAGGCCAGCGUACGCAGUGAUGCGGACGCUUAACCGAUCAGUCGUGGUGAAGACAGAGCUGAGCUGUAAGGCGAAACUCUUGAUUCACCGGUUGAUCUUCGUGCCGACCCUCACCUAUGGCCAUGAACUUUGGGUAAUGACCGAAAGAACAAGAUCACGGAUACAAGCGGCCGAAAUGGGUUUCCUUCGCAGGCCUUAGAGAUAGGGUAAGGAGCUCGGACACUCGGGGGGGCAUUCAGAGUAGAAUCGCUGCUCCAGAUGAAGCGGAAGAAAAGGACGACAACGACGUAAUGAUGACAACGAUAUCAGAUGCUGUUGUUGACAGGCUGGUGUUUCUCACACAAAAUCUUUAAACAAAGAAGGACACACUUGUCUGUCCUCUAAUGUCUACAUCAAGACAGCACGAACUGUUUAUCAAAGUAAAAAAGAAAGAGGGGGAAAUCCAUCUGUGGAUUUGUUAGAAAGGAGAAGAAAAUCUGCAAUUUGAUUUUAAUAGGCUAUUUAUAGUUGUCAAAAUGUUGAUGCUUUUCUCGUGUAAAUGAAUUUAUUUCAGAAAAAGAUUGGCCUAUUUUACUUUAUGGGCUAUUUCUAUUCAAGAUAUACUUUUCAUUUAAAUGUGCACCUUAUGGAGCUCCAAUUUAACACUCCUAUGGUUAUACAGUAUUUAUGUUUGACUAUGUUGACUAAACAUUUGUUCUCAUUUUGUGAAAACAAUAUCAGGAUAUAUAUCAUACAUCGAUAUUCAACCUAAAUAUAUCGGGAUAUGACUUUUGGUCCAUAUCGCUUAGCCCUAGUGUUCAUUCUCAUGCUGCAAAUAAGAAUAUUUUAUAUGAGAGAAGAUUAGAGAGCAAGGAAACAUAUUCACAUUGCUUUUUCAUUCAACACAAAAUAAGAAACAGGUGGCGGGGACCUAAUAGUUCAGACCUGUCCCCUAUUCUGUAGUCUUCAUUGCAGUGGUUGCUGGCUCGUCUCCUAGUUGUCAUCCUUUGUUUUCCUGCCUCUCUUAAACUGUCAUUGUAAUAAAGGGGGAAAAUAAGCCCCAAAACAUAACAGGACUAAAAAAGACUAAAAAUAGUGAUUUAUUACCAUCAGGCUGGUCUAAUAGGCUGACGAACUGAUAUGCCAUUUUGGUUUUUUACAUAUUGUGAUGAUAAUGUGGAUUUCCCUUGCAUAUUUACUUCAACUUUCAUGUAUUUGGCAUCCCACAUCCUGUGUUCGUGCAGUGUGGCGCGCUAACAGGACAGCGGGACUGCAGAGGUUAAACCGGAGCUUCAUCAUAUGUCAGUGUUUAUUCACUCCAAAAACACAGUUCACGUGUCCCUUCCUUACAUGUCCCUCAAGUCCUUCUGACAACAUGACCGUCUCUUACUAAUCUGGUGGAGUGAUUAGUUAUUACACAGUCACUCCGGUGUGCUGUCAGUCCCAGUGGUCCUCAGUCUCUCCAUGUCGCUUCCAGCUAACUCUGCCUUCAGCAUAUUUGCAGCGGCUCUGCUGGAAUGUCUGGGAAAGGGGCUUUUUAUAGAUUCACUGGUACAACAUUUCUGUUUGUCGCAGGGAUGGGAAUGGGUAGUUGUUUUCAUAUUUAGCUCAUAAGAGGAUUUCGAGAAUGCGGCUAUUGAGAAGCAAGUUUUCUCUUGGAACAGACUAUAGACCUACUUUGUCUUUGCAUUACAAUAACACAGGGAUUAAAAACCAGGCUGUGUUCGCUUUCCAGCAAGCACCGAGAUUAUUUUCAUCAUUCAAAAAUAUUGUCAUCUAGUCAACCUACAUGUGUGUCACUGGGGAGGGGCGGGGGCAGCCAUUGUUUUAGGAAUUCUAUUGUUUUGAGCUGGUAUUAGUUAUGAGCUAGACAUUGUCUUGUUAAUUGACUGUGGUUAUUCUUUCCCACGGCCUACUUUUUUAGGUCUAAGAAGAAUGUCAAAUAUAUGAAAUUAAAUUUGAGAAAACCUAAGAGAGAACUGGUGGAGAGGAUGUUUUGUAACCAAAGUUUCCCCUAAGGACCUUUUAUCAGAGAAACAUGGCUGAGUUGAGUAAUAUUUCAUCUAAUUAGCCACUAGAAUAACAAGUUUCGCAAUGUUAUGUUGCAAUCCCAGAGAAAGCUGGAGUAUUAAAGGGAUAUUCCAGCGUAAAAUUAAGUUAGGCUCACAAACACUGCAACACAGAGUUAGACACCCCUUCGAGAGAUGAAUGUAGUCAACAGCUUGCUUGUCUUAUACCAACUUUAGUAAAGACCAGAGAGAGUCACACGCUCAACCAAAAAGCCACUCUAUAGCCACAAAUAAUGCUCAGAAAAGCACCUAACUUCAUCAACAGUACAUUUAGGGUCCCAGCUAUAGCACUUGCCACCAAAACAUCUUUUUAACGUUGCCUGAUUUCUUAAGCAAAGAGACCAAACACAACUCACCCAUCUUGUCCAGCAGCUGCUUGUUUGUACGGGGACCUUGGACAAGCCAAUCACCAACUGCAGUGGAGUUUCGCAGCCCAAGGAAGAACAUUUAUGAUCAUUUCUUCAUGGAAAUGCAAUCAAAUAAUUAAGUAAUGAUCAUGAAUGUUCCUCCUUGAGAUGCGUCACCCCGCUGUAGUCAGUGAUGGACUGGUCUGAGGUCUACCUACAACCAAGUGGCUGGAAGAGAGUGGUUGAGUUGUGUUUAGUCUCUUUGCUAAAGAAAUCAGGCAAAGUUAAAAAGAUGUUUGGUGGCUAGUGCUAUGGCCAGGACCCUAUAUGUACUGUUGAUGAAGUUAGGUGCUGUUCUGAGCAUUAUUUGUGGCGGUCGUUACUAAAGUUGGUAUAACUAACCAACUCGGUCUAACUCGGUGUUACGGUGUGUUCGACCCUUACUUCAUUUUAUGCCGGAAGAUCCCUUUAAGCCAGUUCAUUGCCUGUUUUUUUGCCUCUUUGUAGUGGGGUAUCUGUGUAGUUUGCUUAUGACAGUCAACCUGUGUCUAAAAGUUGAAAGUUUUUAGUGAGUUUCCUUUUCCCUCAUAGAUUCUGCCCAUAACUUUGCACUCCUCCACGCAUGUUAAAAGAGGAAGUUUUAAGACUGGACACUCAGCACUGAACAUGCAUACGCUGAGGGAGAGUUUGUUGGACAAGCUCUCCUCAUGUCUCUCAGGAUGUCCAGUCACAGCUUGUCUAAAAAUAGCCCCCCCAAGUACAGGGUGGGAAAGUCAGCAACAGGGACGGAAGCUGAGACCUGGGAGUCAGAUCCCUUCACUGUCCACAGCUGUGCUUGUUUGACUGGAUGCUGGAGCAGGAGCCAUGUUUGCAUCAUUUCCAGGCCCAGUGUCAUCAAUAUGCUCUGCAGUCUUACUGUCUAUCCGUCCGUCUCAGGGUCACUCGUGUGUUACGAGGCCCCUGUGCAUAAAUAUACCUCUGAAUUAGUCACAGUGCCUCAGGCAAACAGGAGGGGAGGUCUUGCAGUAUUAAAGGCCCGCUCAGAUAAUUGUUAUUGUCUCUUUUCAGCCCUUUGAAGUGCCCCCUAUUGCAAACGCCUUCAUUACUCAGCAUGAAUGUUGUUAGUCGUAUGUGUACCCUGCACUUACGCAUUUGGAAGUAGCACAUACAAUGGGUUCGGCACUGAGGUGGAAACAAAGCGCAUUAGAAGGUGAAAAAGAGCUUUUUCGUCCUCUGCAUUUAAAAUCAGACACACAGUGGAAUAACGUGCAAGAUUAGAAUAGGGAUUUUCACAUUUUCUAAAUUUGUUGUUAUAUACCCUUUGCUCUGUUGUGCCUGGUUUCCGCUUAAACUAGCAUUCUGCUGCCCUAAAUCUGGUAGGUUUUGUGAAUUAUGCCUGUUGCUAUUAAAAUCUGACAUUUACCAAAUAACACUGAUUGCUUAAAGGAGUUCGCUCAAGCAAGAAACUUAAAAUAAGUACAUUUCUCGUGUUGUUUUCGCCCGUGGGAAAACUAAGACGAUGAUUAAAUAUGCUUCGCAUUUAAGCACAUUCCCUCUGCUAAGUUAUUUGUGUGCUCCUGAUUUGUUUUGUUCCGAGAAUUUUGAUAAUUUAUUCAUUAUGUAAACCUCAGUGCAAAUUAGCGUCACCAUGUAGCAAAGAAGCCCUUUGAAAAAAAAUACAUAAACUGAUUUCUUGUUAUGUUUUGGGGCGUGUUGAAUUAUUUGUGAGAAACAGAAAAGAGGCCCUCAUGAGUGACACCAACUACUGACACCGACCAACUCCAGCCACUCCUCUGAGGCAAAUGAUCACCCAAACAGCCGUUAGGAUUGUUCGGUCUAUUUGUGAUACAGACACUCAUGAACUGAAGUCCGGAAAACAUUGUCACUACCUUAACUCUGAACUAACAGACUCAAAUAAAGUCAUCAUAAAUAAUUUGAAAAAAUCUUGUUCGACUUUGCUGUGGUCCCAGCUUGAGAUUUGACUUGUUUCAGGUGCUUGUUGUGCUCUCCUUUCAGUCUUCGGUAAUUAAACACAAAAUCUCAGUCGGACUUGGUUUAGCCUUAAAAAAGCUCUGUGGUUGCCUUGUUUGUAUGCUUAUGAUUAUUGUCCUGCGGCUGCAUUGUCCUAAAACUAGAGAGACUAUCUAUCAAAGUCUUCCUACACUUGCUCUCCAGGGUGUGAAACACCCUCGCACGAAAAACUGAAAGUCAGCACUUAAACUUCACGCAGCGUUUCACUUUGAAUGCAGUUCGAUGGAGCAAAGCCAAGACAAUAAAAAUGUCUCAGUAGCCUCAUAUUUAUGACACCCCUCUUUUAAUACUUUUACUGCUGCAGCUUAACACUUCGAACCUCUCUCUCCUUGUGUCACCUGCAGCCACAUUGAUUAACAAUUAAUGACCAUGAAGGACUCCAAUCAAAUCCUAAAUCAAAUAAUAAACCUGAAUACUUCUCCUCAGGACUUACUUUAUAAUAAUAAUAAUGAUAAUUCAUUUUAUUUGUAUAGGGCGUUUCAUGAUACUCAAAGACACUUUACAUAAAGCACACAAUUUGAAUGAAGCAAUAAAAUAAAAUAAAUAAAAAUAGGUAAAAUAGUCAAAUGUUAAAAUCAAUUUUAAAAAGGUGGGUUUUCAGAAGGGAUCUGAAGGAGGGCAAGUCAGUGCAGGAUCUGAUAUGGACAGGGAGAGAGUUCCAGAGGGAGGGUGCGGCAAUGGAAAAGGCCCUGUCCCCCCAGGUUCGAUGAGUCGUCGGGGACAGGAGGUUGGCAUCAGAGGAGCUGAGGUUGUGGCAGUGGAGCGGGGUACUGAUGUAGGAGGGGGCCUGAUUGUGAAGAGCUUUACGGGUGAGGAGAAGGAUUUUGAAGGUGAUACGGUGUUUAACAGGGAGCCAGUGGAGAUUUUGGAGGAGGACAGGGGUGAUGUGGUCUCUGGAGCGGGUGUGGGUGAGCAGGCGGGCGGCAGAGUUUUGGAUGGUCUGGAGUUUUUUGAUGAGUUUGGAAGAUGAGCCAUAAAGGAUGCUGUUACAGUAGUCCAGUCUUGCAGUGAUGAAUGCGUGGAUGAGGGUUAUUCUUUCCAAAACUUACUUUCAUUAAAAAAAAAAAAAAAGCAUGUUUAAAAUCACACAUGUUGGCUCCAGGUGUUAAUCUCCUCUGCUCAAAAAUAGAAAGCAAUUAAUAGGUCUAAAUCAGAGCCCAAGGCGCUCACUCUCUCUAUAUUUAAUCACUCUAAUCCACCACUGUUUAUUAGGAAACAUGCCCAGCUGAUCAUGUCUGCUAAUGAAAAAAAAAGGUUGUGUGUAGCAUCAGGGUUACACAGCAUUUAGCGUCUUGUUUAUUUUUUUUCCCUGCAGGUCACGUUCCAUCGUCACUGGGGGUAAUCCUCCGAACCACGGACAAGAUUGUUUGGGCAAAUGAGUUUGAGCGUAAGUUGCUGGGAAAAUAAAAUCACUUGAACCUGUUUAAGCCAAAGUAGCUUUCCUCUUUCCCUGAUUUGGGAUGCCUGCCUCCUGCUCUAAUGCAUUCUGUUUUCUUUACAGCCAUCGAACUGACCUGCUUAAUAGAGUCCAUCUCCACAAACAACCCGAGGAUUGAGUGGAAGAAGAUUAAGAACGGCGUUCCCAGCUAUGUUUACUUUCAAAACAGGAUCGCAGGUAAACGGCUUGGAAACUCUCCUUUUUAAAAAAACCCAUCAACCAGUUAGAGCACCAGCAUUUCAAAGAAAAGACUGAAUGAAUGGUACCUUGGAAGAACUUGGCCUCAAAUUCUUGUUUGAACUGUGAAGUCACGCUGUGUAUGUGAAUGAGCAAUUGUAAAGUGUUUUUUUCCCUCUCUGAAUAGGGGACUUGGAGCACAGAGCUCAGCUCAGAGAGCCGGCCAACAUCCUGAUCUUCAACACCACCCGGUCAGACACUGCCGAGUACCGCUGCGAGGUGGCCGCCAUCGACGAUCAAAGAGACUUUGAUGAGAUACUUAUUAGCCUCGCAGUACGAGGUAUUGUGAAAGGAGGAUUUGCUGCUGACUGACCACAUUUAUUUAAGGGAAAUAUAAAGUGAUCGUGUACUUCAGAAAUUUUGGAACAGUUUUGUUAAAUUGUGUUUAUAUGAGAGAUUUUUAUUGUAGCAGCAGUUUGACGUUUCACAUAUUUUUCCUGGUUCAGAGAGGGGCUUCUUGGAGAUUACUGCAUGUGAAAGUAAUGAGGAAUCUGUUUACAGUGAAGGGGAAGAGGCUCUGUUACCCUACAUGACAGAAGUCUGUGUAUUUCCUGUUCAUUUCCUUUAUCUUACAUUCAUUCUGCUAACUGUAAACCGGAUUAUCAUUGCCAUGUCAUACUAAAGCACAAUAUAGGACAGGCUGCCCCCCAAAACCUAAACAGAUCUAUGUCAUUCUUAUUCAAGUUUGGUGCUGCACACUUUUGUUUUUAGUAUGCCACGAAAUCUUUUAAAAGGUUGUUUCACUCACCCCCAUGGUAUCACAAUUUUCCAAACUUUGUCUCAUGCAAAAAUAGACAGGGAACAGCCACAACUGAGCAAGCUGCAGAAUGAAAGGAGGGAAGAUCAGCAUCUGAAUUAAACACCUAUGGGGAGUGAGACGAAUUCUCCUCUGCUGGGAAAGCCCUGUAUUUUCUGACAUUUUUGUCGUAACUGAAACAUUUUUACUGUCUUGCUGAGACUGAGAUGAGAAAAUCAAAGCCUGUAGAAAAAAAAGCAGAGAGCAGUUGUACAUAUUGCUGUGUUCCUGUGCCUGUGUGCAGUGAAACCUGUAGUACCGCGGUGCAGCGUGCCUGAGGCCGUCACGGUUGGAACGUCAACUGAGCUGCGAUGCCUGGAGAACGAGGGUUUCCCCGCUCCUCAGUACCGCUGGUUCCACAACAGCGAGGAGCUUCCCCAAGACCCCAAAAACAGCCCCAGGCUGGUCAACUCCUCAUACAGCAUCAAUCCUGACACUGGAGGACUGGUGAGACGGACACUAUUCAAAAUAAUCUUCCCCUGUCAGAUGUUCUGUGUAUGGAUGUGACUCUUAAGCAUCAUGAUACAACAUGACAGCUUAUCUGAUGUAAAUGUGAACAGCUUAAUCUGAAUAAAACCUCAGACUUAUAGCAGGCUUAAGCUAUGCGUGUAAAGACAACAAGUUAAAAUGCUAAAAAUAGAGCUUGUAUAGGAGAGGAGAAUCAGUAUGCAUUAGAAGCCGAGCAGAUUUAUUUUUGGAUCACAUCAGAGUAAUAAAAAUGAGUAUAAAUUCAUGCCAGAUAUUUCACCUUCUUUACAAACACAUAUGGAGAUCAUACUCCACAAUGUUGGAGCACAAUAAAAGUAUAUGGCUCUUUAGAGAACGUCAGAAGAAUUUAUCCACUGCCAAACAUCCACUAGCAUUUUGUUGACAAUGCAAUGUGUCAUUGCACUGAAACGUUUCUAAAAAUAUCUCCUCAGAAAUUUCGAAGAGUGAGGAAGGAGGACGCAGGGGAGUACUACUGCCAGGCAAAGAACGAUGCGGGACAUGCGCAAUGUCCCUCUCAGACGAUGGAAGUCUGUGAGUAUGGAAAUGUCUGACUCAGGCUUUAUGAGGCUUUCUCAGAAAAUGAACGUCUUUUUCGGUCUCUUUUAUGUCUGUCAAUGCUGUUACUAAAAACAGUUUCAAAAGAGAGGAGUCAGCGUGAUAAAAAGCAAAUUACACUUCAAAGACUCGCAGGAACACUCGGUGUUCAUGUCUAGAUGGGAAGGUAGUAUCAAAGGAUCAAAGUCCAAGUUUUAAAAAGCAUCAGCAAGCAGGAGAGACAAGGCUACGAAGAAGACCAUCUUUGUUUUGUAAUGUACAGAGUGUUGGAAGCUUCAUUAUAAGGUCAGGUAAUCUACUUUAAGUACAAAACUAACAGAGCAUGUGAGCUUUAAAGGGAUAUUCCAGCGUAAAAUUAAUUUAGGGUCAAACACACCAUAACACCAAGUUAGACAGCCCCUCGAGAGAUGAAUGUUUCCAACCGCUUACUUUUCUAGUUAUAUCAACUUUAGUAACGACCACAGGAUAGCAAUAUACAGCAGUCGUUGGAGCCAUAAACAAACCUCAACCAAAACGCCACUCUAUAGCCACAAAUAAUGUUCAGAACAGCACCUAACUUCAUCAACAGGACAUAUAGGGUCCCAUCCAUAGUACUAACCACCAAACAUCUUUUUAACUUUGCCUAAUUUCUUUAACAAAGAGACUAAACACAACUCACCUACUCUCUUCCAGCAGCCACUUGUUUGUAGUGGGACCUAAAGCCAAUCCAUUACCUGAAAUUCAAGGAGAUCGAUCCAUUUAGCUUUUUUACAGCUUCUCAUCUCAAGAUCUGUUGGGGGUUGAGCCAUUGUCAAGCAUUUGGCCUCAAUUUGGAAGUCAGGAGUUGAGCUGUCGACUAUUUCUCAACUGUUCACUAAAAAACAAAUAACCCCAAACACUUCAAAAUGAGGUCAAAGUGAAACUCAAUUUUUGAAGUUAAACCACUUUGACGUUCAGCACAUUGCCUGUAGAGAAGUACAUCCUCAAAACUAGGAUUCAAGGCUGCACAUAGGCGAACAAUUUGCUUUAUCAGCAUGUUCAAAAAGAAGAGUCUCAGCCUAUAGAAUGUCACAAACCCAUCCUCAAAACUUAUAUUUGACACUGCAUAUAGACAAAUGACUUGCUCUAUCAGCACAUCCACACAUAGAAAAGUCCCAACUGGCCAUGUCAGCUUUGAACCCAGGACCUUUAUGACAUUUUGAGCCACUAAGCAGUUGACAGCAAGAAGAAGAGGUUAAUGAAUUCAGAAGAUGAGAGAGAGAGGAACAUCCUCCCCAACAAAUUCAACUUCUCUCUGAAGUGGUGUUCUGCAGCAAAUGUAAAAGACAGGAAAAAACACAAUCACAGUUUGGGUUUAGAUGUGUAUGCUCCAAAAUGCUAAUGAAUGAUAAAAUCACAAGUCCCUUGCUGAGCUGUAUUGUAUUUCAACAUUUUUAUAACUAGUGCUGCACUUCUUACACAUUAUUCUGCUUAUUAUGCAACUCCUAAACCUCCAAACAGCCUAUUCUGCUCACAGUUUGAGACACAUACAUAGUAACAGUUAACUCUGCCUUUUUAAGAUUUGCUAACUUUGUUCUAUUUACAUUUUACUCAAAUUUCUUAAAAAUAAGCUAACUUUUGUUAUAACUACAGUUAAACUGAAUAUUCCCACUGAUGGCACAAGUCAGUGCAGCACCUGAGUGGGUUUUUCUGCCUCAUCACUGUCAGUUUUUGUCUUUUCUUUUCCAUUUUUCAGUCCUUGAACCUCUUCUGCUCUGUAAGGUGUUUACUUGAUGUACCAUCUAUAGAUUCAUGACUCACUGUUGCCCGCAGAGUUUGUGUCUUUAACCUCUCCUGCCAUUUCUCCUCUAUUUUUGGCUUGUUUACCGUUUUCCUCAGUUUGUCAUCAGAUUAACUUGACAUCUUUCUGUGCACUGAUAUGAUUACAGUGUGAUUAGCCAUUCAGAGUCUUUGAUUAGAGCCAUAUCCUUGGCACUAAUGUGUUUCUAUGACAACAGAGCAACAGUCUGCAAUUGAGAAAUAGCAGACUGUUGCUAUAAGCUGUUGCUAAUUAAUGGCCAUCAUAAUUGAGUAUGUGAGAAAGCACAAAUGUCAAUAUUAGUGACUUUAUUCUAAUACUAGUAUUAUGGUCUACUUGGGUAUCUCUUUGAUUUGAGCCGUAUCCUUGGCACUGGUGUGUUUCCCUGACAACAGAGCAACAAUCUGCAAUUGAGAAAUAGCAGACUGUUGCUAUUGCUAUUUAAUGGCCACCAGAAUCAAGUAAAUGAGAAAGCAAAAGUGUCAAUGAUCUCGAAUAUCUCCCAGGCCACCUUAUGCCGCUAAGAUGUAAUCUCUAUCUCCUGUUGCAGAUGACGUGGACAUCCUUGGGAUUUUCCUCAAGGGUUUCGGUGCAGUGGUUCUGUUCAUCUGUGUGUUUGCAACCAUUUGUCACUCCCUUAAACGAGGAUGCUUUGACAAAAAAGGUCACAAUGAAAAUAAGUGAGUACAAAGUUAGAGCCUAAGAAAAGAAAAAGGGUGAUGUGUUAUGAUGUCUUUGUUUACACAUCAAAUUAAAUCUGUUUCAGCUACAACUGGCCAGCACAAAACGAUGGAGUGGACUAUGGUGAUGCUGACGAGGUAAACAAACUUUGUAAUAUGCAGUACUGAUUUUCUGUCUCACUGAGAAUGAAGAAAGUACAACAGGAGUUGUUCUGAUCUCAUCGCUGUGUCUUCUCAGGGCCAUUUUCGCCACAAGUCUUCGUUCAUAAUUUGACGGCUGGGACAGAAGACGAGGUGGAAAAGAAGAUGAACACAAAACUGCUGAGGUUAACUUGCUACAAUAUAGCUCCAGAUGGGAAAGUUUGAGGUGUUACCGAGGCACAUUAUUCUCUGAUGCACAUCAAAAUCCAAUCAACCAACUUGCCAAAGUACUUUUAGUAUCAUUUCGUAGCACUUCGUCAUGUUUUUAUAAUGUAACGGCAUUUUUUUUAAAAACGUGUUUCUGUUGAAUUUAACACCAUUCUUUUUUUUUUUUUCACUCCAUCCUCACUCAGUUUUUCCGUGCUAAUUUUUUAAACUAUUAUUUUAGAGCUGUGGAAUUUGAUAUUUGGCUCAUGGUGUCAUUACAAAAGAUGCUGGAAGCUACAUUCCCUCACUGUUUUUGGACAAAUCCUCUUUUAUAACUUUUUACUGAGUACACGGAAAUUGUUUUACAAAGCUACUUUACAUUGUCUGUGUUUGUCAGAUAAACAUGUUCAGAAUAAGUUUCACACUGUUUUGUAUAUACUGUAGUUAAACAGGCAAUAAGCGGCAGACUGUAAACGGCUGAUGAGCUCAGAUUCCUAAGGCACAAUUUAUCGGCCUCUCUUAUAAUUAUAGAUGAUAAAAGUAUGUACGAGUACAGAGUAACCUGUGAAUUUGAAUUCCUUAUAUCCAACUAUGCUGCAGAGUUAAUAUGUACUAUAAGGGUGGUGAAGUAUGAGUUUUAGAGUGCUGUUUCUGUGUAUAAGUGACCUUCUGUGCUUUACUAAUUAUUUUCUGAGUAUUGGACAUAUUGUCCAGUUCGGCUUAGUAUUUAAUGUACAUAAAUACAUACUUUUUUUGAUCUUUUAAUUUUCUUACGUUAUGCACCAUAUUUUAGUGUAAAUACGCAGUAAAACAGUUUAUUUGAAAUCAUUUGCAGUAUUAACUGUUCAGUGUGUUCUGCAGUGUUCAGACUGUCAUUUCAAGCAUUAGUGUCAAUGAUUUGUGUAACAACUCAGGAACUGUUGUAAAUGUCCACUGUUUAUUUGAUAUUAAUGCUGUCUGUUCAUGUUAUUUUGUUACUAUUAAAACAUUUGAACUGUU